GUCAUCGGAAUCGAUCUGGGAACAACCAACUCCUGCGUCGCUGUCAUGGAGGGCAAGACUCCUCGUGUGAUUGAGAAUGCAGAGGGUGCCCGCACCACUCCCUCUGUGGUCGCGUUCACGGAUAAGGGCGAGCGCCUGGUGGGCCUCCCAGCGAAGCGCCAGGCGGUCACCAACCCGACCAAUACGGUGUAUGCCACGAAGCGUUUGAUCGGUCGCGGCUUCGAUGAUCCACAAACGCAGAAAGAGGCCAAGAUGGUGCCGUACAAGAUUAUCAAGGCCAAGAACGGGGAUGCCUGGGUGGAGGCUGGCGGUCAGCAGUACUCCCCAAGUCAGAUGGGGGCCUUCGUGCUAACUAAGAUGAAGGAGACGGCGGAGGCGUAUCUCGGUCACCCCGUUUCGAAGGCGGUCAUCACCGUGCCAGCGUACUUUAACGACUCGCAGCGCCAGGCCACGAAGGAUGCGGGCCGUAUCGCGGGGCUGGAGGUUCUCCGCAUUAUUAACGAGCCCACAGCCGCGGCGCUUGCGUACGGCACUGACAAAAAGGAGGGCCUUAUCGCGGUGUACGAUUUGGGUGGCGGUACCUUCGAUAUUUCCAUUUUGGAGAUCAUGGGCGGCGUGUUUGAGGUCAAGGCCACCAAUGGAGACACGUUUUUGGGUGGGGAAGAUUUCGACAACACCAUUCUCAACUACCUGGUCACGGAGUUUAAGAAGGAGACUGGGAUUGACCUUUCGAAGGAUCGGUUGGCGGUUCAACGGUUACGGGAGGCUUCAGAGAAGGCCAAGUGCGAGCUUUCUUCAACCAACUCAACUGAUAUCAACCUUCCCUUCAUCACGGCCGACGCUUCUGGUCCCAAGCACUUGAACAUGGCCCUCACUCGCGCCAAGUUGGAGCUGUUGGUGAAGGAGCUGUUGGAGCGCACCAAGCAGCCCUGCUACCAGGCCAUGAAGGACGCGGGGGUGCAGCCCAAGGACAUACAGGAGGUGCUGCUGGUGGGCGGCAUGACGCGUAUGCCCAAGGUUAACGAGAUCGUGAAGGAGAUCUUCCAGCGCGACCCCUCCAAGGGCGUCAACCCGGACGAGGUGGUGGCCAUGGGAGCCGCCAUUCAGGGCGGAGUGCUGCGGGGGGAUGUCAAGGAUAUUUUGCUUCUGGACGUGACCCCCCUCUCCCUGGGCAUUGAGACGCUGGGCGGUGUGUUCACUCGCAUGAUCAACCGCAACACCACCAUCCCCACCAAGAAGUCCCAGGUCUUCUCCACAGCGGCGGACAACCAGACGCAGGUGGGCAUCAAGGUCUUCCAGGGCGAGCGCGAGAUGGCGGCGGACAACAAGCUGCUCGGCCAGUUCGACCUGGUGGGCAUUCCUCCAUCUCCUCGCGGUGUGCCGCAAAUCGAGGUGACGUUCGACAUCGACGCCAACGGCAUUGUGCACGUGUCCGCGAAGGACAAGGCCACGGGCAAGGAGCAGUCUAUCCGCAUCCAGAGCAGCGGCGGCUUGAGUGAGGAUCAGAUCCAACAGAUGGUUCGCGAUGCUGAGACGUAUGCGGAGAAGGACAAGACACGCAAGGAGCUGAUUGAGGCUAAGAACGAGGCAGACACGGCAAUUUACUCAACGGAGAAAUCUCUUAGCGAGUACAAGUCCAAGUUGCCCCAGGCGGUUGUGGACGAGAUCACCAAGGCCAUCGCGGACUGCCGGGCUGCCUCCCAGGCGGAGGAUCUCGUUGAUCUGAAGGCCAAGAUCCAGGCGCUCAGCACGGCGUCCAUGAAGAUCGGGGAGACGCUCUCACAGCAGUCGGGAAGCGGCGGCAGCAGCGCCAGCAGCGGCUCCUCCUCUUCCUCCUCAUCAUCGUCCACGGAUGCAGGGUCUGGGGACCAGAAGUAA